AUGUUAGAAGCCGGCACGUCCAGCCCUUCGCCGCCCGUAAACGUGCAGAAGGAUGUAGAGGAAUGCCGCGUUGAAGACCUCAACACGCAGGGCACGCUUUACCAAUUGAAACUGGGGGGAAAAGCGCAGAAGCGGCAUUUCUUCUCGCCUCUAGAACAGGACGUCGCCGACGCGGUCCACAAGGACGCCGAAACUGUUGUUUACAGUCAGGAAGAAGAGGUGAGCAUGCAAAGUCCGACGAACCGUAACAAUGAAUUUUCUGAUUCGGCGCGGCCAGAGGGCGGUGAAACGCAAAAUCAACUUGAGAGUUAUGUCAUUGGUGAUUGGCAGUCAAUCAGUUCGGUCAGUGGUCAUUCAAUUGCAUUCCACAUCAGCCAAGACUUACCCAGACCGCGAACAGAUCGGACAAACAUCGGUAACGUCCACGUCAUACCCGCGUUCAACGAGAACUUUGGUGUUACCAACAACCAGAAAUGGACGCUGGCCCUCAGUGUGUUCUAUAUCGGUUAUUGUCUCUUGGAGAUGCCGGCCAAUGUGCUGCAGCGCCGCAUUGGUGCGAACAGAUUGUGCGUUUGCUCUGAUGAAGAUCUCAGCUUCUUUAUGUCGCUCUCGUUCUGGGGGCUUUCGUCUCUUUCCUUUGUCUACGCGAAAGGCUAUGUCGGACUCCUGGUCUUGCGCGUGCUAUUAGGGAUCGGAGAAGCGGGAUACUAUGCUGGAAUGGUAUAUUACCUCUCCUUCUGGUACACACGGCAUGAACUGGCCAUGCGAAUCAGCAUCUGUAUGACGGGAACCUACCCGGGUGCCAUUAGUGGUCUCAUCGCAUUUGGUCUUGUCCGCGCACAUACAUCGGUGUUGAAGGGUUGGCAAUUCCUCUAUAUGAUCGAGGCUAUCCCGACGAUUGUCAUGGCGGCUUUGAUCUUGAUGUUCCUUCCCUCGUUCCCAUUCGCGGCGACAUUCCUAACCCCACGUGAAAAAGCGAUUGCGCAGGCCCGCAUGGACCGCGACCAGAAGCCGACAUCGCAUGGCGGUAUGACGGGCUGGGAAGGCUUCAAAGCAGUCGUGAAUGACGUUAAUGCCUGGCUACUUGUCAUCAUCUAUGCCGGAUGUGAGCCUCUGCUUCUGUUUACAUGCAUGAAGCUGGAUUUAACGCUCAGAGAACACGCAGUCAACGUCGGGACGGCCACAAUCACAUAUUUUUUGCCAACACUCGUGGAUGAAUUGGGCUACUCGGAUAUCAAUGCACAGGGAAUGACGGUGGCCCCCUACGUGGUCGGCUGGUUCCUGGUCAUCUUUCAAGCUUGGCACAGCGACCGCACACGGGACCGUGGCUGGCACAUUGUCGCCUCGUCGCUCAUAUCUUUCGUGGGCUAUGUCAUACUGGCAACAAGCGUACAGAAGAGUGCCGGAGCCGGAUACUUUGCAUUGUUCCUUGUCGUCGCGGGUAACUUCAGCUUAUUCCCGCUUGUGAUCGCAUCACCGCAAAUUUACUUCGACUCAUACGACGAUUUCAGGAAGGGCCAUGGCAUAUCUGCAGCAUGCUUGUUUGCCACAGCGAUUUGCGCGUUUGCCUUGCGUACACGGUUGACGCUGAAGAACAAGAAGAAUCGGGAACGACUUGCAGCGAUGUCACAAGACGAGAAGAACGGCCUGAGCGACGAUGCAGAGAUAUGGGAUAAUGAUCCGCGCUACGUGUUUAUGGUGUGA